UAUUACUACUACUACUUUUCUACUAGUACUACUAAUACCACUAGUACUACUACUACUUCUAGUACUACAAUUAAUACUAGUACUACUACUACUACUACAACUACUACUAGUACUACUACUACUACUAGUACUAGUACUAAUAGUACUAUUACUACUACUAUUACUAAUAGUACUACUAAUACCACUAUUACUACUACUACUACUACUACUAGUAAUACUACUACUACUUCUAGUACUACUACUAAUACUAGUACUAUUACUAAUACUACUACUACUACUAAUAAUACUACUACUAAUAUUACUACUACUACUACCAGUACUACUACUAGUACUACUACUAAUACUACUAGUACUAAUACUACUACCACCAAUACUACUACUAGUACUACUAGUAGUACUACUACUACUACAAGUACUACUACUACUAGUACUAGUAUUACUACUACUACUAGUACUACUACUACUACUAGUACUACUACUACUACUAGUACUACUAAUACUAGUACUAAUAAUACUACUAUUACUACUAGUACUACUACAACUACUACUACUAGUACUACUACUACUAGUACUACUACUAGUACUAUGAGUACUACUACUACUACUACCAGUACUAAUAACACGACUACUACUAGUACAACUACUAGUACUACUAGUAAUACUACUACUACUAGUAAUACUACUAGUAAUACUACUACUACUAGUACUACUACUACUAGUACUACUACUACUAGUACUACUACUAAUACUACUACUAGUACUACUACUAGUAUACUACUACUAAUAAAAUACUACUACUAUACUACUACUAUAAUACUACUACUCUCUACUACUACUAGUACUAGUACUACUAUUACUACUAAUACUACUACUAAUACUACUACUAGUACUACUACUAGUAUUACUACUACUCCUAUUACUACUACUAAUAUUCCUACCAAUAAUAAUACUACUACUAAUAGUACUAAUAUUAUUACUAGUAUUACUAACAAUACUACUACUACUAGUACUCCUAAUAAUAGUACUAAUAGUACUACUAAUAAUACUACUACUACUAGUACUCCUCCUACUACUACUACUAGUACUACUACUAAUACUACUACGACUAUUAGUACUACUACUACUAGUACUACUUCCACUAGUACUACUACUAAUACUAGUACUAAUACUACUACUACUACUACCAGUACUACUACUAGUACUACUACUACUACUAUCACUGAUACUACUACUACUAUUGCUACUACUAGUACUACUACUACUACUAGUUUACUACUACUAAUACUA